GGACACUAUCGGCAACGUUGCGGGAUAACUCAUUAUAAAAGGAUUUGUAUUCAAAUUUUCUUUAGUUGACCGUAAAAUUUUGUCGCGUUUGUUAUAGGUGAUUUCGUGUUGUUGACGUUUCUACAAUGUGUGGAAUAUUUGCAUACUUAAAUUAUUGCACUCCGAAGAAGAGGUCAGAAAUUUUGGAAAUCUUAGUGAAAGGACUCAAACGAUUGGAAUAUCGUGGAUACGAUUCUGCAGGCGUCGCAGUAGAUUCCCCCGACAGCAAAGACAUUGCCGUAAUCAAGAAGACAGGAAAAGUAGCCCAGUUGGAAGAUGAAAUCAGCCAAAAAAGCAACCAGCUGGAUAUUGAGUCGAGCACAGACAUCCACUGCGGUAUCGCCCACACCCGUUGGGCCACUCAUGGAGUACCUAGUUCGGUGAAUUCGCAUCCCCAACGCUCCGACGCUUCGAACAGUUUCGUGGUGGUGCACAAUGGUAUCAUCACCAACUACAAGGAGGUGAAGGUUUUCCUGGAGAAGAAGGGUCACGAAUUCGAAAGCGAAACUGAUACGGAGGUGAUUGCCAAGCUCGUCUACCAUUUCUAUCAGCAACAUCCGAACUACUCUUUCAGGGAACUGGUUGAGAGUGUUGUGCAGCAACUGGAAGGCGCUUUCGCUCUUUGCUUUAAAUCGAAAUUUUUCCCUGGAGAAUGUGUCGCUACGAGGCGUGGUUCUCCACUUUUGGUCGGUAUUCUGAGCAAAAACAUGCCAACCACCGACCACGUUCCAAUUCUUUACGGAAAGGAAGAACAACCUAUUACACCUCUCACAGAUGCCGAAUCCAAUCACUCAGAACACCGUCACCAUGGAAGAGGUGAGGUACCCACUUUACCUAGAACCGGAUCGACUGCUGAAUUCAAUCCCGAAGACAAACAAUGCGAAUUUUUCUUCGCCAGUGACGCAUCUGCCAUUAUUGACCACACCAACAGGGUCAUUUACUUUGAGGAUGACGAUGUAGCCGCUGUAAAGAAUGGAGCAUUGAGCAUCCACAGAAUUAGACGCGGUGGCGACGAUCCCCACACUCGUGAAAUAACCACCCUCAAAAUGGAACUGGAGGAGAUCAUGAAGGGCAGCUACGACUACUACAUGCAGAAGGAAAUUUUCGAACAACCCGAUUCUGUUGUCAACACAAUGAGGGGUCGCGUUAACUUCGAGACAGGCAAUGUAACGUUGGGUGGAAUAACCGAGUACAUUCCGGAAAUUAAGAGAUGCCGUAGAUUGAUGUUGAUUGGUUGCGGCACCAGUUACCACAGUGCUGUCGCUACAAGGCAACUGCUUGAAGAACUCACUGAAUUACCCGUUAUGGUGGAGCUGGCCAGUGACUUCUUGGAUCGCACAACACCCGUUUUCAGAGACGACGUUUGCUUCUUCAUUUCCCAGUCUGGUGAAACCGCCGAUACACUGAUGGCCCUUCGCUAUUGCAAACAGAGAGGUGCCCUCAUCGUCGGUAUUACCAAUACCGUCGGCAGUUCGAUUUGUAGGGAAUCACACUGCGGUGUGCACAUUAACGCUGGACCAGAAAUCGGUGUUGCAUCUACCAAGGCAUACACUAGUCAAUUUAUCUCCUUGGUGAUGUUUGCACUCGUAAUGAGCGAAGACAGGAUUUCGUUCCGCAAAAGGAGACAAGAGAUCAUUGAAGGAUUGGGAAAACUUAAAGAACAAAUCCAAAGUGUAUUGGAACUGGACGAAGAAGUUAAGAAACUUGCCGAAAGUUUAUACCAGAAAAAGUCCCUCUUGAUGAUGGGUCGUGGAUUCAACUUUGCCACUUGUUUGGAGGGUGCCUUGAAAGUGAAAGAACUGACGUACAUGCACAGUGAAGGAAUACUGGCUGGUGAGCUGAAACAUGGACCACUUGCUCUUAUUGACGAAACAAUGCCUGUUCUUUUCAUUGUUAUGAAAGAUCCAGUUUAUUCUAAGUGCAUGAACGCACUACAACAGGUUAUAUCGCGUAAGGGCAAACCAAUAAUUAUCUGCCAAGAAGACGACAAGGAGACACUUUCUUUGGGUUACAAGUGCCUACAAGUACCAAAAACAGUAGACUGUCUUCAGGGUAUUUUAACUGUCAUUCCUAUGCAACUUCUCUCAUUCCAUAUAGCUGUAAUGAGGGGUUAUGACGUAGAUUGCCCUCGUAAUUUGGCCAAGAGUGUGACGACCGAAUAAAAGACUGCUUCACAAUAAUGACUGCCACUGUUAAGAUAUAAUUUUUAUAUACAACUUGACUUAUUAACAAUAAAGGCGGUGUACAAUAUGAUAAAUUGGUUUACGGUAUUGUUUAUUCCACAUAGUAUAUUUUAUUUUUAUAUUAUUUGUUAUUCCUACUUUGAAAAAGUAAAAAUUGUUAUGUAUUUACCUAAAUGUUUUUUAAAAAUGUUUUGUGUGUAUAUUUUAUCAGCAGUUAUUUGGUAUCUUAUCAAUAAACUUUAAUAUUCAUUGUGAAAUUGUUUAAAAGUUGUAUUUGUAUAUUAUAAACUAUGAGAUUAUUUUCUGUAUUCUGUUCCUGUAUUUCCUAUUGAACUGUAUUUCCACGUAAUUUAUCAUUUAAGAAAUUAUAUGUAUGUACUUAUAUUUUAUUACAUAAUAAAAUUAUUAAGACAAAUCUUUGUUAUCUAUAUAUAGUGGGUAAUAAUACUUAUUUGAUAAAGGGUAUAGAUUAAGAUCUAAAUUUUGAAAUAUACAAUUUCCUUAUAUAGUAACAAUGAGAAAUUAUCGUUGACAAUACAUAUAUAGUGUUGAAUUAUUGUCUAAUAUUAUUUUUUAAAAUGCAGGGACAUUAACAAAUGUAUGUAUGUUACAAUAAUAAAAGUCCAAAUGGUAAA